CGCACAGACCCGGGACUGGCAGAGGGAACCCGGGGACACCCGACUCGCCGGGUGCCCCAGCCCCGCCCACACCUGCGCGGCGGCCACGCCCCUGCCGAGCCAUUGGCUGCACGCGCCGCCCGUCAGGCGAGCCCCCGGGUCCCGCCCCCAGCCCCGAGCAGCGUCUCUUUGCGCGGGGCCCUCGAGCCAGCGUCACUCAGCCCGGUUCCCGCCGUCGACCGCGGUGCGCCGCCCGCCCGCCCGCCCGCCCGUUGCCGGCGCGGGGCCGCCCGGCUCGGCUCUGGGCGGACCAUGCGCCCCCGGCGCCCGCUGCCCCCGGCCCUGCGGCUCUGCCUGCUGGCGGGCGCCCUCGCCUGCGCCCUCCGCCCCGCGAGCGGCUGGGACUGGGCCAAUGUGAGGGAUAUGUGUGACUACCUGCAAAUGAUCAAGGCGGAGCACAGGCAGUGCCUGGAGGAGGCCGAGCUGGAAAAUGAAACAGCAGGCUGCAGCAAGAUGUGGGACAACAUCACCUGCUGGCCAGCCACCCCUCGGGGCCAGGUGGUCGUCAUGGCCUGUCCCCUCAUCUACAGUUUAUUCUACUCUCUUCAAGGCCACAACGUGAGCCGCAGAUGUACAGACGAGGGCUGGACAGAACUGGAGCCUAGCCCCUACCCCAUUGCCUGUGUCACAGAACCAUUUUUGGAAGAGCAUCAGAAUAGGUUCUACAUUUCCUUGAAGACUGGCUACACCAUCGGCUACGGCCUGUCCCUCACCUCCCUUCUGGUCGCCAUGGCCAUCUUGAGCCUGUUCAGGAAGCUCCACUGCACACGGAACUACAUCCACAUGCACCUCUUCAUGUCCUUCAUCCUGAGGGCAGCCUCCGUCUUCAUCAAGGACCUGAUCCUCUUCAACAGCAGCCCGUCAGAAGACUGCUCCGAGUCCUGGGUGGGCUGUAAGGCCGCUGUGGUCUUAUUCCAAUACUGUGUCAUGACCAACUUCUUCUGGCUGCUGGUGGAGGGCCUGUACCUGCACACCCUGCUUGUAGUCUCCUUCUUCUCCGAGCGGAAGUACUUCUGGGGGUACAUGCUCAUCGGCUGGGGGGUGCCCAGCACAUUCACCGUGGUGUGGACCAUCACCAAGAUCUAUUUUGAGGAUUAUGGAUGCUGGGACACCAUCAGUACCUCACGAUUGUGGUGGAUCCUAAAGGCCCCCGUCCUCACCUCCAUCUUGGUGAACUUCAUCCUAUUUAUUCGCAUCAUCCGAAUCCUGGUUCAGAAACUGCAGACCCCAAAUGUCAGGAAGAGUGACAAAAGCCCGUACUCAGUCACCAAAAGCCACGUUGCUCUUGCCCACCUCUACCCCAUGGCCUGGCUCAGUCCACAAGUGUCCUCUGCCCCAGCCCCACCGGUCCAGGCUCAUGAGUCCCACGUCUGCUUCUCCUGCAGUCACCUUCCCUGGCAGGUGAUCGGACCCAGGAGGCUGGCCAAGUCCACCCUGCUGCUGAUCCCCCUGUUUGGGAUACACUACACUGUGUUUGCCUUCUUCCCCGACAACUUCAACGCUGAAGUGAAAAUGAUCUUUGAUCUCGUCAUGGGGUCUUUCCAGGGUUUUCUGGUGGCUGUCCUCUACUGCUUCCUCAAUGGCGAGGUGCAGGCAGAGCUGCGGCGGAAGUGGCGGCGCUGGGACCUACAGGGCGUCUUGGGCCUGGGCCCCAAAUACCAGCACCCACCCGGCGGCAGCAGCAGCAACGGGGUGACCUGCAGCACACAGGUCUCCUUGCUGACCCGCGUCAGCCCGGGCGCGCGCCGCUCCUCCAGCUUCCAGGCCGAGGACUCCCUGGUCUGACCGCCAGGCACCCAGGGGCGCAGGGAGGCUCCACCUGCCCGCACCCACCCACCCGCCCUCCCGGGCGACACUGGGGACAGAGGCCUACCGGGGCGAGUAGCCCCAGCCCUGGGCUCGGAGGCCGUCCUGGCCCCCAGGUCACUGUCCAGAAGCUCUGGCGCCGGCCUGGGGAGAGGGAGGCGCUUCUAAGCAAGCCGGAGCCCCCAGAGGUGCACCCUGGAAGGUGUGGGGUGGAGCUCAGUCAUCAGACUCCGCCCCCAAAGGCUCUCUCCCAAUCAAUGGAAGGAAAUUUGCAUACUCAAGUGACUCCGCCCCCCCUCGUGACCAGUCCAGGAAGGCAACCACCCAGGCCAGACAAUACAGUGGGAACAUGGUUGAUAAAGGCCUUGCACUCCCCGAUCCCCAAAGGUCCCCCGACACCACCACCUCAUCAGUGCCUGAAGUUCCAACCUUGCUGUCAGCUUCCUUUGGAUUAAGUAUCACCAUUCAGGCAUCUCUCUGAGGAUGCGGUCCCCUCCCCCAGUGCCCUCUUAGCUGCCAAGUCCUGGAGGUAAGCGAUGCAAUUGUGAUACGGAGUUUUGGUUUGGGGAGCACAGCUGUCUUCAGAGUCUCUGCCGAAGUGGGGUGGUCCCAGGAUGAUGGCAACAUUUCGAGGGGCUGCCACCAACCGUACCCAUCCCUAUGGGUUGUUGGAGCUGCCCUCAGCUGCCUACCUACAAGCCAGCUGUGAGAACUAGGCUCAGAGAUGUGCACUCGUGGGUCCCUCAGUCCUCACAUCAACCCAGCAAGGUGGGAAUGACUGUCCCUGUUUCACAGGUCGGGAAGCGGAGCCUCACAGAGCAGGUACCUGGCCUUGUCAUGCAGCAGGAUUUGAACUCAGAUCUGGCUGACAGGAAAGGGAAAGCACAGACUUCUUACUGCUGCCUUUUAUAUCUUAUAACAUGCUGGAUCCUCUUGUUAUUUGUUUCACCACUCGUCGUUAUUGCCACCAUCCCUGUAACCGCAACCACAUCCCACCUGACCCUCCCUGGCGUGUGGCUGUCGCUGAGGAGUCCUCUGGCCCAUGUGUCAUCUACACAACAGCCUGGUGGUCAUGGCAUCGUGUGUCUGCUCUGCACCUCUGUGGUCCCAUGGCUUCCUGCCCACACCACAGCCGGAAGACCCUCAUUUGUGCAAUAAUAAAUGUUGUGUAGGAUUG